UGAGCCGCCAUGGCCGCGCUGCUCCCGCUCGCCGCGCUGUUCUCGCUGCGCUCCCGCAUCCUCCGCAGCCACCCCUUCGCCCGCCCCUUCCAGGUGAGCGCCGCCAAGAAGGCGAAGGAAGGCGGCGAUGAGGCCAGCCAGCCGCUGAGCGCGGAGCAGCAGGAGCGCAUCCGCAAGAACAAGGAGGCGGCGCGGCAGCUGCUGGCGCAGCGGAACGUGCCCCCGGGCUUCGGCGAGAGCUGGCGGCGGCAGCUGGCCGGGGAGUUCUCCAAGCCCUACUUCGUGGAGCUGAUGGCGUUCGUGGCCGAGGAGAGGAAGCGGCACACGGUGUAUCCGCCCCCCGAGCAGGUCUUCACCUGGACGCAGAUGUGCGACAUCUGGGAUGUAAAGGUUGUCAUUUUGGGACAAGAUCCAUACCAUGGACCUAAGCAAGCUCAUGGGCUCUGUUUCAGUGUCCAAAAGCCUGUUCCACCUCCCCCCAGCUUGGAAAAUAUUUACAAGGAGCUCUCUGAGGACAUUGAGGGCUUCACCCAUCCUGGCCAUGGGGACCUGACGGGCUGGGCCAAGCAAGGAGUGCUCCUGCUCAACGCCGUGCUCACGGUUCGGGCUCAUCAGGCCACGUCCCACAAGGAGAGGGGCUGGGAGCAGUUCACGGAUGUUGUGGUGUCCUGGCUCAACAAGAACCUGCAGGGCCUUGUCUUCAUGCUCUGGGGAGCCUAUGCCCAGAGGAAAGGCAGCUCCAUCGACAGGAAGCGCCACCACGUCCUGCAGACGGUUCAUCCCUCACCCCUCUCUGCCAACAGAGGGUUUUUUGGCUGCAGGCACUUCUCCAAGACAAAUGAAUUCCUCAAGAAAUCUGGGAAGAAGCCCAUCGACUGGAAAGCACUCUGAGCUGGGGCUGAGGCUUG